AUGGCCGCCCUCCUUCCCCUCCGUGCCCGCCACUGCCUCAUUACCGGCGCAUACGGCGGUAUCGGGGCAGCCAUCGCUACCCGCUUCGCCGCCGAGGGCGCCCUCGUCACCCUCCUCGGUCGCAAGGAGGACAAGCUGCGCGAUCUCUGCGCCCGUCUGCCACCCUUUCCUGACUCCCGCCUUGCCCCUCUGUCCGCCGCCACCGCUACAUCUUCGCCUCACGUGCGCGAGGAUAAGCCCGCCCACUCCUACGCCGUCAUGGACGUCUCCGCCGACGGCCGCGACGACGCCGUCUUGGAUGGGACGUGCCCCAUCCACUCGCAGCAACGUACGGGCCAAAUAGACGUCCUAGUCAACGCGGCGGGUAUUGCGCAAUUCCAACUGUUGCAAAACACCUCCUCGCAAACCGCGAGGGAGCUCGUGGACACUAACCUCAUGGGCACAAUCUUCAUGUCGAGAUACAUGGCCCAGCGCAUGAAGCGUAGGCGCGCAGACAGGGAUGUCCUGCUGACUAUGUCGUUCCACUUACAAGCUUGCAUUAUCAACAUUGCGAGUCUGCUGGCCGAAAAGGGUAGUCCUGGCACCAGUGUCUACGCAGCUUCGAAGGCCGGGAUUAUUGGCUUCACCCAUGCCCUUUCUGUCGAGCUGGGACCGCAACGCAUCAGGGCCAAUGCCAUCGUCCCUGGCUACAUAGAAACCAACAUGCUUGCUUCAAUGUCGAGGGAACCCCUCGAAAAGCGAAUUCCCCUUGGGCGUUUGGGCCGGCCCGACGAGGUGGCCGACGCUGCCGUCUUUCUUGCCCAAAACACUUAUGCCAACAACUGCAUCCUGAAUCUGGACGGCGGGCUAAGUGCUGUCUGA